AUUUUAACACAGGAAUGAGCAUCCGAAACAAGUAUAGAACAGCCGAUAUCCACGAUGUCAUGGAGAUUGAACGCAACUAUGACUGCGAUUUCAACCCGGAACCGACAACCCUGGCUGCCGAAUUCAUCAAGAAUUGCGAUGCUUGGAGAGACACUCCUGCUAUUGUUGAUAAGAACGAUAUCAAGUACACAUAUGGUGAGUAUUACCAGAAUGCUUUGAGAUUUGCCAAGUCCUGUGUUAAAAUCGGUAUGCAGCCGCUUGAGGUGACUGGAAUGAUUGGAUUCAACUCGGCGGAGCUGCUCUUCACUCUCCAAGGAACUUGGAUUUCGGGAUGCGUACCCGCGGGUGUGUAUACUACAAAUUCUCCUGACGCCUGUCAAUACGUUCUCAAUCAUUCAGAAGCCAAGAUUUGCGUUUGUCAAGGUGGCAAAAAUGCUGCCAAAAUCGCUUCCAUUCGAGAAUCGCUUCCUCAAUUGAAGGCCAUUAUUGUAUAUUGGCCAGAAGAUGGAGUGCCGAACGUGGAAGACAAUCAAUAUGCAAAAGUAUAUACUUGGAAUGAUUGGAUGAAUCUUGGUAACGAUAUUGCUGAUGAAGUGAUAUUGAACCGAGCGAAAGCGAUCAAGCCAGGAAACUGUGCAACUUUAAUCUACACCUCGGGAACGACCGGAAAUCCGAAGGCUGUGAUGUGUUCUCACGAUAGUUGUGUGUAUAAUUCCUUGAACCUGGACUAUUAUGCUCACUUUAAUUUGGAGAAUCGUUUUGUGUCAUUCCUUCCAAUGAACCACAUCGCUGCUCAGUUUAUUGAUGUUAUGAUGCCGACAUGUAACAAAAUCACUGUUUACAUUGCCGAUCCGGAUGCUCUCCGUGGUACUCUUAUCAAUACGCUACGUAAAGCGAGACCAACAUUUUUCCUGGCUGUUCCUCGUGUGUGGGAGAAAUUCGCGGAGAGCAUUCGCAGCUCCUUCGCCCAUGCUUCGUGCUUUAAGAAGAUGUUCAUCAAGCAAGCAAUGAAGAUUGGGUUCCAGACUGCCAUAACUCGUCAGUAUGGAAAGAAGUUCCACAAGAAGAUGUUCUAUAACCUUGCGAAGCGUUAUGUGUUCGAUCCUGCGCGUGAGAUGCUGGGAUUGGAUAAGGCACGGACCCUGGUCGUUUCCGCGGCUCCUGUGACCGACGACACGCUCAACUUCUUCGCUAGACUGGAUAUGCCGAUCUACGAUAUUCUUGGUCAGUCGGAAGGAACCGCUCCCAUCUGCUUCCAGACUGAUACCAAUCAGGAAUGGAGAAUGUACACUGCGGGUCGUCCCUUGCGAGGUAUUAUGGCACGCACCGAUCCAAAUACCCAGGAAGUCCAGUUCAAGGGACGCUUGGUCAUGAUGGGCUAUUUGAAGAUGCCCGCAGAGACUGCAUCCACGAUUGAUGAUGAAGGAUGGCUGCACACUGGAGACCAGGCCGUCAUCGAUCAAGAUGGGUUUAUCAAAAUCACAGGUCGUCUGAAGGAACUCAUUGUCACCGCUGGAGGAGAGAAUGUGGCUCCUGUGCCGAUUGAGAACAAGAUUUUGGAGCUCUGCCCCAUUAUGGCCAAUUGCAUCGUUGUGGGAGAUAAGCGAAAGUUCUUGUCCGCAUUAGUAUCGUUGAAAACGGUCGUGAAUCCCAUGACUGGCGAACCUAGCCAGAAUUUACUCCCUACAGUCAUUAGUAUCAUUAAGGCUAAUGGCGGUUCUGCGACUACCGUAGCGGAAGCUAAAAACGAUCCUGCUGUGAACAAAAUGAUUCAAGAAGCAAUUGAUGGUUAUAACAAAGUGGCAAUCAGCCGUGCUCAGGAAAUCCGAAAGUGGUAUUUGAUGGAGCGAGACCUGUCGCUCAGUCACGGAGAGUUGACAGCUACACUAAAACUGAAGCGAAAUGUGGUGCAUCAGCACUACGAGAAGCAGAUCGAUUCUUUGUAUGUUUAGAUGAA